AUGGCCCUGGCACCUAGCACCCAGCUGUCCCAAGCUAGGACAGUGCCAUUCUACCAGGCUGGGUGGCAGGCUGGCAGUGUUACUAAGACAACUGACAGUGUUACUAAGACAACAACUGACAGUGUUACUAAGACAACUGACAGUGUUACUAAGACAACAACUGACAGUGUUACUAAGACAACAACUAACAAUGUUACUAAGACAUCAACUGACAGUGUUACUGAGACAACUGACAGUGUUACUAAGACAACUGACAGUGUUACUAAGACAACUGACAGUGUUACUAAGAUAACUGACAAUGUUACUAAGAUAACUGACAGUGUUACUAAAACAACUGACAAUGUUACUAAGAUAACUGACAGUGUUACUAAAACAACAACUGACAUUGUCACUAAGACAACAACUGACAGUGUUACUAAGACAACAAAUGACAGUGUUACUAAGACAAGAAAUGACAGUGUUACUAAGACAACAACUGGUAGUGUUACAAAGACAACAACUGGCUGUGUUACUAAGACAACAACUGGCUGUGUUACUAAGACAACAACUGACAGUGCUACUAAGACAACAACUGGCAGUGUUACUGAGACAACAAUUGACAGUGUUACUAAGACAACAACUGGCAGCGUUACUGAGACAACUGGCAGUGUUGCUAAGACAACAACUGACAGUGUUACUAAGACAUCUGACAAUGUUACUAAGACAACUGACAAUGUUACUAAGACAACAGCUGACAGUGUUACUGAGACAACAACUGGCAGUGUUACUAAGACAACAACUGGCAGUGUUACUAAGACAGCAACUGGCGGUGUUACUAAGAACAACUGACAGUGUUACUAAGACAGCAACUGACAGUGUUACUAAGACAACUCACAGUGUUACUAAGACAACAUCUGACAGUGUUACUAAGACAACUGACAAUGUUACUAAGACAACAACUGACAAUGUUACUAAGACAACAACUGACAAUGUUACUAAGACAACUGACAAUGUUACUAAGACAACAACUGACAAUGUUACUAAGACAACAACUGACAAUGUUACUAAGACAACUGACAGUGUUACUAAGACAG